GAAAAUCAACUGAUAAAUAAAAAUAUGCAAACCAAUAUUAGAAAUCCUUUCGAGAACUCUUAUCAAUCUUAAGUCAUUUGUAAAAUAAUCAAAUCUUAUAUAAGAACCGAGUUUGAUGUCUUAGUAGUUAACAAACACUUAAAUACAAAAAUAAUCAUUAUAAUAAAUUCCUUUGGUUCCAUUAAGAUAAAGCUAUAAAUCAUAGACUACAAUUAGACCAUCAAUAUUUAAAUCUAAAGUUGAAUAGUAAUCAAAUAUGAAUAAGUAUCUAUUCAUCUUUAAUACUUAAGAGAUGCUUCUUGUCUUAUAGCUAAACUUGAUUCAUUGAGAGAAAUUAAAACUUAAGAAAGUCCUUUGAGACAUCAUAAAACAACUUAUGUUCAUCCUUAAUCUAGUGUUGUGGUAGAAUUCAAAAACAAUACUCCUAAAACUGCAUAAUUAUAACAAGGUGUAUUUGCAAGUUGUGUUGAACCUUUUCGUUCAUCUAAAAGUAAUGUAAGCUCAAGUGUCUCACUUAGUCAAUAAUGGACUAAAACAUUAUCACCACAAAAAAAUUAUUAAACUCUUAUAGAUACGCUUAUGAAUGAAUAAGACACUGUUAAUAAAUAAUAUAGUGAAAAAUUAUCACUUUUAGAAUAAAAAAUUAUUAUCCUUUCUUAAGAAAACAAUAGUCUAAUCGAAUAAAAUAAAUUACUUUUGACAUAAAAUAUUGAGUUAAAUGAAGAAAUUACAUAAUAAAAAAAUUAAGUUAAAUAAUUUCUUGAAUUAUAACAAAUCAAUUAAAAAGCAUAAAAUGAUAUUGAAAUCUUAGAAAAAUCAUUAGAAUACAAGUAAGAUGAACUCAAUUAAAUCAUAUCGAAUUUUGAAUCACUCAAAAAUAUUAAUCUAAAUUAUGAAAAAACUCUCAAAGACUAAUAAGAUUAAAUUAAUUCAAUUUUUUAACAAAAAGAAAAGGAAAAUGAUACAUAUUGCUCUUAAAUUACUAUAUAAAAUUAAACCAUUUAAGAAAUGGAAUAAAAAAUUAAUUAAUAUAUAAAGAAUGAAUCCUCAUCUUAAAUAUUAAUUAAUGAUCUAUCAAAUAAACUCAAAUAAUUAUAACAGUAAUUAGAUAAAACUAAAGCAGCUAAUCAAUAAACUCCUAUUAAAGUAUAAAUCAUUUAAUUUAUUUAGAUUAAUGUUAAAGAAUAAUACGAAUAUAAAUAAUUGGUUUUAGAAUUAGAUAGUAAAUGUGUAACCAUAACUGAAAAAGAAACUUAAGUAGAGGCAUUAAAAGUUAAGAACUCUAUGCUCUAAUAAUAAUUAAUAUAAUUAUAAGCAUGCCAAUUAGGUAUGAGGGAUUAUGAAGCUGGAAUUAAAUAAAAGUAAUAGGAAAUUAAUGAAUUAUAAUAAACAUUACAAAGAAAGAACUAAGAAUUUGAUCAUCUUUCACAAUAGUAGCAAAUCAAUUUUAAUAAUAAAAAAGAAGAAUAUGAAAAAGCUAUCCAAGAGUUGUAAUAAACUUUGAAAAAUAAAAAUGAAGAACUAGAUAAAGUUUCUCUUGAAUUAAAAACAGUAAAGAAAGAAAAAGCUAAAUUAUCCAUGAAUUUAAUUACAGCUGGAAUGGCUAAUAUAGUUAUGGCAUCUAAAGCUUCCGCUUCUAAUGAAAUUUCUACUUGA